AUGUACCGUGCCCCAUUGUCGCACCAUCCAGUACGAAAGAGGAAGCACGAGAAUAGAUUGCGCCGCGGCAUCUUCUCCUUAUAUACCGGCAGGACGUUACCAUCCGCGUUGCUCUCAGUGCUCGUCGUAUUACUAUCCUGGAGUUCCCUGCUCGGCGCCGUUACCGCUACAGAACCACAUGGUGAUCGACUCUCCAUCGUCGACGACGAUCUCGUGUGGAAAGGAUCGUCAUUGCACCUCGACACCCGUCCGCCACCAGUAAUUCCACUGUUGAUGCCUCCCGUACUCGCGAAUGAAGAUGCCAGCAGAACGCUUUCCGCACCACCUUCCAAACGGUCCCUUGCGACAGCUGCGAGCAGCUCUGCGGCGAACUUCCAAGUGCCAAAACCUUUCGACACAGGCCUAUCGAACAACUUUACCAGCUCAUGUGCGACUUACUUGAACCAGUUGCUCAAAAGCGAUGCCUUCAACAACUGUCACCCGUUCUCUUUGCUGCUACAGACAUCGAGUGGCUUUUUCGACGCGUCGAAGUCAUUCUUUCGCAUCACUCAGACACUUGAAGCAACAUGUGCUGUCAACGAGACCCAAUGUACAACAACACUGAACGGCUUUGCGCGAGAACUAUUGUCCGACACAGCUUGCAAAACGGACUACAACAACGACAAUCCAAUUGUGUUACAAGCCUACAAUGGACUCGUCGCCUACAAACCAUCGUACCAGGCAAGUUGCUUGCGUGACGAUGACGGAAAUUACUGCUUUGCAAAUGCAGUGAGCAACUCAUCUUCGACUACCGAUAGUUACCCUUUCUACCUACCCAUUGGCCAGGAACUUCCGGGAGGCUCGCGACCCACCUGCAACUCGUGUCUGCAAGAUACCAUGGCGAUCUACGCGAACUUCGCUAACAACGCGACGCAACCACUCAGCAAAACGUACACCUCAGCUGCGCAACAGCUCUCCAUAUCCUGCGGGUCAAAAUUCAUAAACAUCACUGCCGCGCCACUAAAGGGAGCUGCCGCACCAACAUCGAGCGCAUCGUUUACACCGACACUCGCCCUAAUUCUAAUGUUUGUUCUCUAUUUCUUCCAAUAA